AUGUCUACCUCUGUCAUGACCCGGAGACGCAAAACUCACCUCGAUCCCAUCGCCACCAAUGUCGCCCCUCCAACCCACCGAAAAUCUUCGUUGUCAGUUUUAUCUGCUGUAUCUUCAAGGCCUUACAUUUCUCUGCUGAGUCCAAGAUUGGCAGCUGCGCAUGCAUAUUACCAAGAAAAUGACUCUACUCCAACCUCAGCAAAGGCUAAUUCGUCCCAACGCCGAAAGAGCCUCCUGGAAACCGAACAGUUCCCUCGCCGUCACUCGACAGCGGCGUCUCCAGAAGGGGCACUUACUUCUCAUUUCGCAAACUUCACAUUCGCUUCUACCAAAGACAAGCAAAAGCUCGCUCCAGUUCUUGAAUCUGAAGCAGCAAAAUCAGGGGCUGCAAGUGCAAAUGGAGAAAAGACCGUCACUCCUCAAGAGGUCAAGGUGGAAGAUGUUGUAAUGAAAGACACAAAAACGAAGUCCGUUCUCAAAACUCCCGCCAUCAAAAUCUUGGAUACAACUGCCACUUUCACACCACAAAACACACCCAUCAGACCCAACCACACACCCAUAUUUCCUCCACAAAUACGGAGACGCUCAGCCUCCGACGUCCCAUACGAAUACAUCCACACGCGCCUUCGAGACUGGGGCCGCGUCUACCUCCUCAAUGUCUCCUCCGCCGAUGUAUUCAUCAAUCCCAUCGCACUCCGUCGCUCUUCCGUCUCCCCAGCCCCGGACUCCGAGGCCUCAGAAACGAAAACCAAGGUCAACAUCCGCGCACGUGUAGUCCCCAAGUCAAAAGAGAGGAAACCCUUCGUCAUCCACCAGAAAUUCGACGUCGAGGAUUUCCGCGCUAAGAUCCCGAUUUCCUCGUCAUCCGGGAAAGAGACAUCGAAGACGCCGAGACUGAGACGCUCGAAUAGACAUAAGUCUUUUGCGCAGGGUGGGGAGCGCCAUAAGAGGGGAAAGGGUUUGGGGAGUUUGAGUGGGGCGGGGCCUUUUGCUUUGCGUAAGUCUAAUUCUGUUUAUACCCUGGAAAUCGUGUUAUGGAUUGAGUUGAGUGCUAAUGAGUUUCUAGAUGAGGAAUACGCGUUACAUUUUUUACCGAUCCUUGCCGCGUUACUGUUCUCGAGUCAUGUGUGCAAGGGUGAUCUUAUUGAUCUCCCUAUCCCACAUCCGGGGGCUUGGGAGGAGGUCUUGAAAUGGGUGUAUACUGGUGGAAAUGCGAGUGAAGAGAGUGAGGAGGUGAGGGAAAACGUUGCGUUUUUGGGCGGGGAUGUUGUUUAG